AUUUCCCCCCCAAAAAAUAGUUGAAGUUCGGGUAGUUGGAAGUUAGUUUGGCAAUGCGGCAUUGUACCUUAUGCAUUAUAACUUGUACCUAAACGGACACGCAUACACGUGUCGUACAAUGAUUGGAUAUAAAACCGAAAACCCCAAACUGCCCAAAAAACAACAUAGUUAAGUUCCAGUCCAGGUCCAGGUCCAGGUCCAGGUAGAUCAGAAGCAGGGCAAAAGAGACUGACAAAGUUCACACUUUCUUCUCUUUGUUUUCAUCGCCACCGUUUUUAUAUUUUUUUUGCCUAAUUUUUUGUCUGCCUUAAAUUAGAUCGCCACCUUUUCUCAGUUUCUCCGCCCUCAUUAGCAUUAGCUGUAUAAAUCUUCUCAUCAAACCCCUGGAAAUCUUCCUAUCUUAUUCCUGCACUUUCUGCUCCUUUGGCGGCCUUUGAACAGUGACGAAAAGAGGACGACAAUGGCAAGUAUGUUGCAAGCGAUUGGUGUUGCAUCAGCGCCAUCUGGGCUCUUCCCGGAUCAUUCUUCCAAAUUUGGUGUUUCUGUUUCUCCUUCUCCGCAUUCAUUCCCAGUGAUCAGAUCUGAUGGAAGGGCGAAUUUGGGUUUGACUCAUGGAAGCUGUAAAGCUGGAAAAUUGAUCACCAAAGCUGUUGCGGUGAGUAAAUUCCUUUCGAAUGUUAGCUAUUGAUUCUUGUGUAGUGGAUUCCUAGUCUUGCAGUGGCUAUAGUUUUCUCAUUUGGCAUUUUCUUUGGUGUUGCUUGUAAUCAGACAAAGGGUGAAAGUGCUGCUGCUGGAACUUCUUCAAAACCUGGGUAAUCAAUAACUGUUCCAUGUCUUGCUAUAGCUUGCUCCUAUUAUGCUUAUUCACUUACUAUGUAGGCGUUUAAUGAGCUUCGAUUUUGUCUUUUGCCAUGAAUCACAUUGUUUGAAAAUCUCGCCGUUACACCAUUGCGGAUUCCUAAUUUUGCUUUUUAACUGCUACUUUAUUGACAUUUAGUCUGUGAUUGUUAUCUCCACGAAUUAUAGUUUUGUGCAAACUUGUGCGUUUGGCGUUUCCUUUAUUUUGCCUGUCAAGUGUCAUCGAGGUGAAUCAAACCUGUAUAUUGCUGUCGAACUGAGGGCCUAUGAAAUUUUGUAUUUUACCUUCAAGCAAUAGCCCAUAGUAAUACAUUACUUUCUGUAUUAAUUCUUCGCGUGGAUUCAUGACAUGCACUUUUGCUAUUUGCAGCUGAAUUCAUACGGAUUUCACAACUAAUUAUAGAAAACAUCCUUGUUAAAAGUUAAUAGUGAUUUGUAAACCUCACUUUUCUAGCAGUACGCUGAAUUUCAAACUUCGAAAUCUGCAAAUCAUGUAUUUUGCGAUCUUUUGUAAGCCUUAGCACACUGUUCUGUAAUUACUCUUUUCAUUGGUCAUUCCAAAGUAUGUAUUACUUAAAGAUAGACUAUAAACAACUGAUUUUUGAUUUGAUGUGGAUUGACUGCAUUUAUUUUGACCUGUUGGAUAUGAUUGUUUCAACUUCUACUGUUUACUAAGCGGUAAAGAUUGUACCUUUUAGUUUUCUCUGAAACUUGUUUUCUUGGUUAGAAGAAGAAUUUGCUUGACAUACUUGGUUAGAUGAACAAAGAAAAUUACUUCUUAUCAUCUUCCACUGGUCUCUUCCACCAUAUUCUUUUGUUUCGGAUUGUAUUACAGAAGUAUGGUGGGUAAAGUUAAAGCUUUUAAUCAAAUGAAUUUAUUUGAUGCCAUCCAACAUUUACUUAGGAAUUUAUAUGCCUUCCAUGGAUGAUGUUAUUAGCAAUUCUCUUGAUGUUUGAAUUGUCAGAAUGAUAAGUCUUACUCCCUCUUUCCCUUUCUGAAAUGUCUAGACAUGAACUCUUGCUAUUUGAAGCCCUUAGAGAGGGACUGGAGGAAGAAAUGGAAAGAGAUCCUCGGGUCUGUAUUAUGGGUGAGGAUGUAGGCCACUAUGGUGGUUCAUAUAAGGUCAGUAAAGGGCUUGCAGAAAAAUUUGGAGAUCUCAGGGUGCUUGACACACCCAUUGCCGAAAACUCUUUCACAGGCAUGGCCGUUGGGGCAGCUAUGACUGGCCUAAGACCAGUUGUAGAGGGGAUGAAUAUGGGAUUUCUACUGUUGGCUUUUAACCAGAUAUCUGACAACUGUGGCAUGCUUCACUACACUUCUGGUGGCCAAUUCACCAUUCCAACUGUGAUCCGAGGUCCAGGAGGUGUUGGGCGCCAACUUGGGGCAGAGCACUCGCAGAGGCUUGAAUCCUACUUUCAGUCAAUUCCUGGGAUUCAGAUGGUUGCUUGCUCAACCCCUUACAACGCGAAGGGCCUAAUGAAGGCUGCUAUCCGUAGUGAGAAUCCUGUGGUUCUUUUUGAGCAUGUGCUUCUAUACAAUCUCAAGGAGAGAAUUCCUGAUGAAGAGUACGUACUCUCUCUGGAAGAGGCAGAGAUGGUAAGGCCUGGUGAGCAUGUAACUAUCCUCACCUACUCUAGGAUGAGGUACCAUGUAAUGCAAGCAGUCAAAACACUGGUAAACAAAGGUUACGAUCCUGAAGUCAUUGAUAUUAGGUCUUUGAAGCCAUUUGAUCUCUACACUAUUGGAAAUUCUGUGAAGAAGACACAUCGCGUGCUUAUAGUUGAGGAAUGUAUGCGAACAGGUGGUAUUGGAGCCAGUUUGACAGCUGCAAUAAACGAGAAUUUCCAUGAUUAUUUGGAUGCACCAAUUAUCUGCCUGUCUUCACAGGAUGUUCCAACUCCUUAUGCUGGUACAUUGGAAAACUGGACUGUUGUGCAACCUCCUCAGAUCGUAACUGCUGUUGAGCAGCUCUGUCAGUAACAUCAAGGUGGCUAGUGCAGUUAAGUUCUACCUUUCUGCAAAGAUUUCAUCCUAGAUAUCAUUCUUCCAGCUAAUAUUCAGUUUGUACUGGUAUCUCUCAUUCCUGUUUAGUCAGUUAAAAUUUUGGGGUUAUAUUUUCUGUUGGGGACUCGAAGGAAAACAUGUACCGAGUAAUUUAUUACAAGUUUUGUUUAUUGGCAAUCAUGUAUGAGCUUGUACCCCCCUCGAAGAAACGUACAGGUCUGUAUACCAAAAUUUUGGCUUAUAUAUUUUAAAGUUGAAUGCUUUGAUGAAGAACGGGUUUUAAACUUAACAUUACUUCCUACCUGAGGGAAAACCAGUUUGAAGUUGAUGGAACUAUUGCCACGACUCUUGGUUAAGCAGCUUCUGACUCUUAUAAUGUGAGAGCAGUAAAAUCCCUGGUAUUAGAACACACUAGGAAUAGCUAACCCAAUCAGAGAUGACUUGUUUUCCCGUUUAUGUUCAAUAGUCCUGUAAAAUUAGCAGUGACGGUACACAAUGGGAAGACAACAUUGAUGCAGCUGAGUUAAGUAGUGUGAUAAAUUCUUGUUUAAUGACCAUAUGCAAAUGAUAAUGACUACAUAAUUCAUACAGUUGAUGCAGGUAGUUAGGACUUGAGAGAAAGGUAACUUGCGUGCAUUUCUUACAUGUUAGGCUAGAAUACAGGAUCCAAGCUUGAAAGAAAAGGAGAUGCUGUUCCUUCUGAUACUCUCCAACCUUCCCAUUUCAUGGUUUAUUGGGUUUCAUUUGUCAAAAAGCAAUUUGACUUUUUUGAGAGUUUUCAUAAAUUUGGUUGUUAGGACAGGUAGAACCAAGCGGGUUACCUAGUUUUAGUCAAACGAAACCCGCCUUUGUUCCAUUCCCUUUUUGUUUGGUUCUCAUUCCUUUUCAUUGAAAUAAUGAAAUGUGAUAGGAAAUAUGGCAUAUAGUGAGACUCAGAGACCAUGGACUAGGCAACUUUCUGAAGUUAGUAUCAACAGUGAAUGCUGC